AUGGGUUGUACACUAUCUAAAGAAGAGCGUGAUGCUCUUGAACAAAGUCGAAAUAUAGAUAAAAAACUUAAAGAAGAUGGGAUGCAAGCUGCAAAAGAUGUGAAACUACUUCUCUUAGGUGCCGGUGAAUCAGGAAAGAGCACAAUCGUCAAACAAAUGAAAAUUAUCCAUGAAGGUGGAUUUACACAAGAAGAUAAUAAACAGUAUAAACCGGUGGUUUAUAGUAAUACCAUUCAAUCGAUGGUUGCAAUUCUCAGAGCAAUGAACACUCUUGGAAUUCAAUUCGGUGAUAGUGAACAAGGAGCUGAAGAUGCUCGUAUUGUUUGUGAUGUUAUCCAAGCUAUGGAGGAUACAAAACCAUUUUCGGAAGAUUUACUCGAUGCAAUGAAACGAUUAUGGGCUGAUUCUGGUGUACAAGAAUGUUUUGCACGGUCAAAUGAAUAUCAAUUAAAUGAUUCGGCAAAAUAUUUUCUUGAUGAUUUGGAUCGUCUUGGUGCUAAAGAUUAUAUGCCAACCGAGCAAGAUAUUCUUAGAACUCGUGUUAAAACAACUGGUAUCGUGGAAGUACACUUUCAAUUUAAAAAUAUGAAUUUCAAACUUUUUGAUGUGGGUGGACAACGAUCGGAGCGUAAAAAAUGGAUUCAUUGCUUUGAAGAUGUGACAGCAAUUAUUUUCUGUGUUGCUAUGAGCGAGUACGAUCAAGUGUUACAUGAAGAUGAGACAACAAAUCGUAUGCAAGAAUCAUUAAAAUUAUUCGAUUCAAUCUGUAAUAAUAAAUGGUUCACUGAUACAAGUAUUAUUUUAUUUUUAAAUAAAAAAGAUCUAUUCGAAGAGAAAAUCAAACGUUCCCCAUUGACUAUUUGUUUCCCAGAAUAUCCAGGUAAACAAACGUAUGAAGAAGCGGCUAUUUAUAUUCAAGCGUCAUUCGAAGCAAAAAACCGAUCACCUAACAAAGAAAUCUAUUGUCAUCAAACAUGUGCCACUGAUACAAAUAAUAUUCAGUUUGUGUUCGAUGCUGUUACCGAUGUGAUUAUAGCAAAUAAUCUGAAAGGAUGUGGUUUGUAUUAAUUGACUGACUGUUUUAUUUAUUUGUUUGUCUGUUUAUUUUCUUUGUUCUAUGUUUCCUUUUUCUUUGUUUGAUAUUUGUCUAUUAUUAUUGGUCGUGUUGAUUUAUGUAUGGUUUCUUUUUGGUGCAGUUAUUCAUCAUUUGGUUGAGUACAUAUCUUUCUUUUUUUUCUCUCGAUUACUGCUUAAGAAUCAUGUUGUACACUUGCAUAGAACCUGUAAGCGAGUGUAAGAUGCACGUCUACAAUGCAGAAAGUAUUUUCACAAAUAACACAUUAUAUAAUAAUAAUAAUAAUAAUACUAAUAAUCGUACAAUUAUAAUUCACAUUCGUUUCUUAUUUGUUGUGAAAUACCUUUUUAUCUUAUCUUUUCUUUGUGUUCCCUUUUUGUUUUGUUCUCCCAUUUGUAAUCUACAAAAGAAUAGUUGUAUAAUCGAAUGCUUUUACAUUUCUCUUCUCUCAAUGUUAAUACUUACCUUGAGACACAGAUACACUUGCUUAACAAUUUCAUAAAUAACUAGAAUAAAUGGAUUUUAUCUGUUCAAUGCCUAAAAUUAAAUAAAUCAAAUGUUGAAACAGGCAAAACAAUUCAUUAGUAAUAAUGAUGAUGAUAGUUCCAUUCGACUAUAUCUCUGUCUGUCUGUCUCUCUCUCUCUCUCUCAAACAUUUUUGUAUGUAAAAUCUUUCUUAACUUAUAGUACUCUAAUCGGAAACAAUGAUAGAAGUAGCGGCUAGUUCAAAUGAUGAUCAAUAUUUCGUAUCAUGUUGUUGUUGUUGUUGUUAUGGAAUGAGAAUAGAUAAGUAACUAAAUAAACUAUGUGCUGCCAUGUUUCGUUGCUCCUACUAAAUUUAUGAAAUGAUUAUUAUUUAAUGCUUUCCUUUUGUAUGUAUGUAUGUAUGUAUGUAUUUAUGUAUGCUUGUGUUUUUCUAUUUUCACUAUUUUUAACGCUUUGUGCUUUGACACAAAUAAUGUAUUUUGAAAUAAAAUAUAUUUACAACAAUACUAAAGUUUGAUAAGGUGGAAUAAACUAUUAUCUACAUUGUUUCAUUGUUAUGUAAUUGAAUUCACUAAGGAGUGGAGGGGAAUAACGGUAAACAUUUGUACUCAUUCUUAUUUGCAUAACUUCAUUUUGUCACUAUUCAAAUACUAUGAUCAUAUCUUUUGAGUUCAUUCGUUUGAAUAAACAGAAAAAAAAACAAACUACUCUCUAGUGUUGGAUUUUCCAAUAAAAAUUCAAGAAAAAAAAUGACAUUUCUCCAUAUGUGAAUUAGGGAAAUAAAUCAGUUUUUUUCUAUUCACUAUAUUGUUUUCCACUCUGUCUUCUAAUAUCCUGUUUUUUUUCUCUCGAUAGUAUGUAUUUUUGUGCCACACGGUUUUGUUUGUGUGUCUCUCUCUCCCUCUAGCGUUAAUCUCUGAUUGCAUAAUCUCAUUUUGUGUUUCGUUUCCAAGUAAACUAUGGUCACCUUGUAUUUUCUCUUUCAUGCCUUGCCGAUUUUAAUUCCUCAAUCUGUUAUCUAUUAUUAUUAUUAUUACUAUACUACUGUCCACCAUGACAAGGCAACAUACAUUCUCAAUUCAUAAAUGUGCUUUUUUCUGCUCCAUAUACAACUUAUUGCUAUAUUGACAUGUGCAGAUAUGAAUGUGUUGAUACGCAGUAUAUAGAUAUAUAUGCACACAUGCAGUAAACAUUUGAAUUUUACGCCUGACGCUUACAUUCAUGGUUGCAUGUGCGCCAAUGACUAAAUCUAUUGUAUUCAAUUGUAGUCUUGUCUUAUAAAUAUAAACGUUUGGUACUUAAUUAUGUAUUUCAUUUUCCUUCAGUUCUAUUUUAAUUCUUCUUAUCUUAAUUCUUGAAGGUGUAUGUGUAUGUAAAUGCAAACUCAUAAACAGGCCUGUUGGUCAAAAUCGCAUAAACAUAUGUUAUACACUGCUUCAUUUCAUUGUUUUUUUUUCGACGAAUAUUAUUACUGCUCUCUGUUAUUGCUGCUUUAAUUCAAAUGUAUCAUGCCUCUCUUGCAGUCGCGUCUUUAGUUUGUGCGAUAUAUUUUCCUCUAAAACAUGUGUUUCGACACAGCUUUUCUCACACUUCAACUUAUGUGCAUCAAUGGAUCCUCAUAUAAAAUAACUUCGUUCUUUGUGUGUACGUGUGAAGAAUGAGCUAUUUGACGACGGAUGCUUUCUUUACAGAAAGCAAUGGCUUUAUUAACUGAAUAGUUCUGCUUCAUUUUUGUUAAAUGUCUUCUAAUGCGUUUAAUAUUUUCUGGCUAUUAUGUAUUGCUCUUUUUUCUAUCUCAUACUCUAAAUAUUUCAUUUCGCGUAUUACUUGUGGUGUUCACAUUUUCUGACUUGCGCCCACCUCCCUCUCUUCGCUCAUUCUUUUGGUCUACAAUUCCCUCUUGUCAAAAUUCUGUUUUGUUUGACUAAACAAUAUAUAAUUAUGUAUAUUGUUUGCCUUUGAGAUAAGACAGUGAUAACAGAUAGUAACUACUACUAGUGAUAAUAACAAUAAUAACAGUAUCGAAUACAGUAAUUUGUUUUUUGUUCCCGAAUAUCUGUUGGCUGUUAAGUUGUAUAUUAGGAAGGUGCACAUGUAUGUGCAUUUAAUUCUCUUAUUGGUAACUUGAGGUUUUGUUGAGUUAGCUAGCUGUAGUCGGGAUCGGUUAUAUUUGUUCGAGACACUAAAUGAUUAUGUAUUCCAUCUGUCACUUGUAUUUAUUGUUAGAGAUGAGUAUGAUACCUCACAGACAUCAUUUAUUGGGAUGCUUUUUAAACUGUCAGCUUUAUAUUUAAACACCUAGACAUUGGUACAAGAAGACACCGAAUACAUAUGCGCCACACAAUCCAUACGAUAUGUGUGAGGGCUGAAAUACUACCUGGGAGCCCGGAUUGAAACAGCUGCUUUUCUCAGGCCACUCCCCGAACCUUUGACCUAUCGACCUAAUCCACAAGGCUGUGGAGUAAAGUUAGGAGAUGCAGUCCCGUGAUAGUGGGUGACCAACAAAAGGUUCAUACGCCAUUUGUUCCCUGGGGCCGAUGUGCACCAUUGGUUUGGGACAAGGGCCUUCCAACUCCCCUAUGUUGACCCUUCGUGUCCACCAACCCGGUUAAAGCGCCAGACAUCCACUUAGAAUUGUUUAAUAAAUUGUGGCUUGAAGGUUAUCUCUAUCGACAUAGUAUGAAAUAUCACUUCUUUGGUAGAUAGACUUAAUUCCUGCUACGAACCAGUGACAUUUGGACACUUAGUGAGAUAAGAGUUUAGCUUACUGAGAAAAUUGCAGAAUGAGAACUUACAUCCAAACCAAUAUAAUAGUUCGGCUAGAUUCAACCUAACUUUCGAGGUGAGUCAUUCAGAACUCAACAAUAAAGAUUGUAACUCUCACUUCAUAUCUGUUGAUAUCAUAUAAUUUGACUUAGUCUUAUUUGCUACCUAAAAUACAGCCUACUUACCAGUAGAAAACCAAGGAGGUCUCGACUUUAAUAUCCGAUGAAAAAUACACACAACAGUAAUGGUAAGAUCCUGACAUUAAAAAUGGAGUCCAUUCAUACUACCAAGGAAGCUCGUUACUGAUAGUUGAUUAAAGAUCGGAUCACUCAUUCCCGUACUGGAGGUUUCCCUCUAGCUAAUUCGUUUACCGGUAACAGGUCGUUAUUUAAGACAAUUUCACGUAUUAGUUGGGUUUUAAAAUACUUUCCCAAUGUAAACGAUUAUUAAUUUAUGAAGUAUUCCAUGUAUUUCGUCAUAGGCUGCACUUUCUUGACCCUUCCAAAGUUAAGCUUAACGUUUGCAAAUCUCUUGACGAAAAUGCUGCAUCCCAAGCGCUGACUGGUUAGUAUUUUAAUACUUCACUUUGUUCGUGAUAUACUCCGAAAAUUUAGUUCAUCAGAAUCAUGCAUAAGGUACUUUAGAUUUUUACCCUAUAUGUACAUUCUUUCUCACAUUCUUAACUGACUUACUAGUCUGUGCCGUGGGAUGAAACUUAAGGUAACACAGACAACGAAAACAACUUUUUUUUUACAUUUUUAUCUUAUUAGCAAUAACUGCAAUCAUUUCCGACGAUGGGGUACUUGGCUCUUACCAUUAGCAAUAGACUACUGAGCGGCUUUUGGAUGCAAGGUUUUUGAAAAAUCUGACGAUGACUGCUUUUUUACACGACUUGAGUCAGAACUAAUUAAGAAGCUGGGUGUUACCACUGGUUGUGAGCGAUUGUGUGGUAUCAAUGUCGACCGAACAGUCACCUGACAGCUUCAGCUCGUAUGGGUUGCGGUCCACAAAUACAGAGCACAAUAGGGUAUGGUGUAUACGUAUGGAGACUGAUAAGCAUCAAGAUGCCCAGUGAUAGUCAGAACUGUUUUCAUUAAGAUUAGGUUGACAAAUACUUUACGUUCGGGCAUAUUACAGUAUUUGGUGUUUGCCUGGAGAUGUGGCUUCUGCAGCUUAGUGACUUACAUCGAUGGUUUCAGACUUAUAAGCGCCGCACAACACUCCAAAGCGCUAUCACACCUACUCCCUUACCGCUGCACAGAUGGUCUGGUCCCAUUUACUUCAUUGCUACCACGAGCCUGAUGUAUAUAAAUGUAUCACACUACUUAAUCUAUUUUCUCCUUUAUACCAUAUAUGGAAUCCUGGCAUAUUAAUGAGCUUAUGGGAUUGAGUGAUUUAACCCCGCUUACUACCUAACAAGAUUUUGAUGUCUGUGAAAUUGCGUGCGUGACGUGGUGAUGUACAUACCGUUUUCUCCAUACUCGUACUUUUAUAUCUAAGUCAUCUUACUGCAUUGUUUCCGGUUUAAAACAAUGUUAUUAUUACGGAGCCUGUCAUCGGCUAAUAAAACACCUGAAACCCUAUAUUUACUGAUGUCUUUAUAAAAGACAUAAUUACUAACGUGGAUACGCCACUGCAAACUACUUGCCAUUCUAUAUAAUAUACUUAAAACAGCUAUAAAGGAAACCGCAGAUUUUAUUCCUUCUGGAAGUUUGACGAACGAGACACUAUGUCCGAGGGGCGAAAGUUGACAAAUCAGACAUCUUUCGCUGGAAUUCAGAAACUCUGAUCGAGUAAUUGUUUAUUCUGAUGACAUAAAAGCUCAAGGAUUAAGACAUCAGAUGGACUAAACAAUGUAUCAAGCUGUAAGCUCCGAGGGAUAGUCAUGGUAAUUGAUUCUUCAAAAUUUAAUGGAGGUCUAACCUCGUUACUUUUGUAAAUGUCGAUUCAGGUAAUCGAAACUAACAACGACACUCUUAAUGUGUAAUAUUUGCAACGAGGUCGAUAACCGUAAAAAUAUUCAGAUGACAAGGUACCAAUUACUUAUUGAUAUAGUACUCACCGCAACACUCCCGUCCAGCAACAAAUUAGAUCGACCUAUAAACAGGAAGUGGAACGGACCACCUGAUUUAUGAUUAUGAGGAUUAUAGUGACUGAACGUCUAGGUGUCAUAGAAAAAGCAUAAAAUGUGAUUUAUCACCUAUGAAAAAUCUAAGAUGGAACACGUACUAGUUACAAAUAUCUUAAACUAGAUAUUAACUAUUAAUCACUAGUACCGCCUUCUGUGUGACCAAAAACGGGAAAAUUUGAAAUCCACUGCAGCUACAGCUAUUGUGAUCUGAUCUAUCUGAUUAGUAUUGACAGCCCCAGCAACAAAGGAAAGGUAAAUCACUUGAGGUCGAUGGCCGUGGUUGCAGCAUUUUCCAUACUUCAGUAAAAAUCUGCCCUCCAAAUAAUACGAUCUACACCAUAAUGAUGUGAAAGCUAUUGAGUACCACUUUGAUUCUCACUGUUUCCAGAAAACCGUCGACAGAGAAAUCGGGUUGGUAAUUAGAAAAAUGUGGAGCUUGUAGAUUAAUUCUUAAAAUAUGAAAAAUGUGACUUACUUCUUGGAGGACGAGGAAUCUAUCAUAGGCUAAGGGAAACAGCAUUUCUUUGCCACGAAAGUCAGGAGGUUUGUGUUGGAUACUUAGGGUACUAGUGAUCAAAGGCUUGGAUGUGACACGUGAUAAUCACGGGACAGGUACACAUGAUGGAAAGCUUAACGAACUUAUUAAAAAAAACCCACACUGGAUUCCUUGGAUAACGGUAUUUACAAAGGCUUGGAGGUACUGUUGAAACAAUCAUGACUAUGAUGCAUACAGUACCAUACUGUCUGAAUGACUUGGUGUAAUCACUAGUCAAUAUGCAGGAUUAGGAAAUAAAAUCACUACGAAUCCCAUGACGAGGUCUUACUUCAACUAGCACCGUUUUGCCUAAAUUUGAUCACAGGUUCGAACGUAAACUUUUAUUGCUUGAAGUUGUAAUCUAUUCAUAGUAGAAUCCGUAGAGGCCUUUUUAAUGUUCUGGUUGCUUGCUAGCGACCCUAGCUAAUCAUUCAGUCUAAUAAUAUGAUACUGUACAUAUUAAGGUGAGGGCCAUAAAUUUAAAUACACAUACUACCAUAUAGCACAAGAAUAGAAACAAGUGAGGCUGUGUUAAGUACAAUACGUAUGUUAUAUCCUGACGGUACAACGCAAGGACAGUACUACAACGGAACAUUACUGUGACGUCAAACUUAAGGAAAUGAGAUUAAUAACAAUAACAAUUAAUCCAUGAUAACUUGUAUUAUUAGUCAAACUUCUUGAAGCCAAUUACAGAAGCAUACUGUCUAAAGCAUUGUCUGCACAUAUGUAGACCGUAUUUCCGGAUCAAACCAUGUCGAUUGGAACAAACACGACAGCAUCUACUGCCUUGACCAUAAUUCUUCGGACGUGAGUGCCAAAUGUUUUCGUGACCCAUGUCUAUACAGCAAUCCAGCUACUUACAGUGAAGACUAGCGCCUACAGGUGAUUUUAAACAAAUGGUUCAAGUGGUU